UAGCGGCGUGUUCACGGGUCACGCAUUCUAACACGCGUUGCCGGUCGUGAACAAUACGCGAAUACGUCCCACGUCGCGGCCAGAAGCGUGUGGGACACACGGAGGAUGGGUGGCAACGUCCCACGCCGAACGAAUCGGCCACGUACGGGCGAAUGUGCAGAGGCUCCGCCACAUCGCGGAAAGUAGGGGUGCCGCGGUGUUCCCCAGGCAUAAAAGAUCCAUGGUUGGUAUAUGUCAGUGUCAGUGACGGGAGAGAGAGAGGAACGGAGAGGAAACGGUGGAGAACCGUGUGGUCACCUAGACCAGCGGCGGUGAGUAACCGCCGAUGCCACAUCGACUCGCAAUAUCGGACCGAGAACAUCGGUUCGCAUCUCUCACAAUCACGGAUUUUCGAGCCGGCGUAGUCCCCGAGUGAUCCGAGAAUUUCGGGGCUCGCGACGAGCGAGCGAGAGGAAGCACGCGCAAAACUCGUGCACGUAUCUGACGCGGGCGAGAAAGUCUCGAGGAUCAUACAGAAGAAACGAGUUUGUAAACGAGGCCGGUCACAGCCGAGCUUCAGUUCGUCUCGGAGACUCGAUGAGUGGCGCGAGCGCGUGCGAGCGAGCGGUGUAACGUAGUUAAGACCGAGUGCCGAUGAUAAACGGUUGUGUGCCGGCGAUAAGCGGGGGCUUUUUUACAUUUAGAAUCUAAUCGGCGGCGAAGUUACAGUGAUUGAAAAGUUAACGCAGUCGGUAGUGCGCGUUUUAAAGACUUUCUCGGUUUUUAUCGCGUUUGUAACGAUCACGAGUCGUUCGUGUGACAAAUUAUUGAGAUCGAAAGAAAUUGGUCGGGCAGUGGAAGCGACCGAAAGCGCGUAGCAAUGACUAUUCACAAGAAAGGCACGGUGUCCAAGAUGAAGAAUGCGGGAGCCGUGAAGAACGAGGUGGCGACGACCUCGACGUCCUCGGAUGUGGCGACAGCGGAGACGGUCGAGGUUGUAUCUGCGACCAGCGUCGUGGAGGAGUCGAAUCAGGUGAAGGAGAGCGAAUCCAGAAGUAGCACGGUGGAGGUCACGAGCGCCAGUCGCGAGGUCAUCAUGGAUUCCAGAGGUAACGUUAUCAAAGUUAUCGAGACACCUCCGCAGACUGUCCAGCGGAGCUCGUCGAGCCGAAAGACCGGGAAAAGUUCUCAAGAUUUUAUAGCCGGGGAGCAGGUGCAAUCGAUUAAGCAAGCGAAGACGACGCGCGAGACUCCGCGCGAGCACGCGACAUCUCUUUCGGAAAGUCGGACGAUUCAAGGAGGAACGACUGAACGAGCCAGCCAGUCUGUGCAGAUGCAAAGUCAAAGCGCAUCAAUGGCUGAGCAGUCGAGCUCCUCCAGCAUCUUGGUCGAGAGUUCAUCGACGUGCGAGGAUCACAGCGGACACCGCUCCACCGUUGCGGUUUCUCACGACAGUAAGAAUGGAGCUCACGUUCCCGUAAUUCAGACAUCAUUAAGAUCGACCGAGAGUACUCACGUAAGUAGCGAAACGAGCGAAGCCGUAACGAAGGAUGGCCAGACCAAGUCGAGCACAACGAGAAUACGCGAGACGGGAGGAAGAAUCGACGACAACGGCAGAACGAUGUCCACGUCGAGCCGGGAAGUUGACAGCGAGCGUACGAUCACGCCUUCCAAUGUGGUUGUCAUUAAAAAUACCGAUGAUAUCAACAGGACUGGUGAUAAGAGUACGCGCCGCGAUUCGAAAGCGGAGCAUUCGAACAUCGAGAUAUCGACGCGCUGCAACAAGCCCGGCCAGUCCACGUGGGACGGCACGUUCGUCUAUGAGAAACCCGUCGCUUCUAAGGGUAAAAGGAUUCACGGUGACGCGAGGGACAGUGAAACGAGCGUUAAAGUCACUCAAGAGGCCUCUUCGGCCGAGGUUAUCGAUCAGAUCGUAUCUUCGAGUUCAAGCGUGACUCGAGAUUCAAAAACGAUAGUCGACGGAGGUCAACGGUCCGCGACUCGUCUUCGUGAUAUCACGUUGGAGAAAGCCGCCACGGACGCGACGGAUUUUGCCGGUGAAAAAUAUCCGAAGGGGCCGGUCCGUCAUUCGAAACCCGGCGACUCGGAUGGUAUAUAUGAGAAGGAGUCAUCCGAGACUGUGCGCGUCGUAAAAGGUGCCGCGGACAGCACCAGAUUUAUUUCCGAAGAGCAACGUGAUGUAAGGAGAGAGAGCACGAUCCAUGUCGAUGGCACGUCGUCGAGCAAGGAAGAGCACCCUGCUCGCGUAUCCAGCCCGUCGCAGCGAAGACUCGGUAGACUCGGCGAUUCCGCGUGGAACGGCGAAUUUAUUUACGAAAAAUCGCAAGACGACGUGAAGAAACAUCCCUCGGACGUCACCGUUGUCCGCAGAACGGAGAAGCAUCACGAUUCCGUCGAUGUUGAAGAUGUCAGCGAAGAACAGAACGUUUCGAGCGUCUCUGAGUCGGUCUCCGCAUCUUACAUCGUCGAAUACGCCAUUUCCAGCGACAAGACAAAUGUCGAGAAGGUCACGUCGGUAUCCGAGGCGAUCUUGGAGGAAGAUGGCCCAGAAGAUAAAAUCGCGCGCAGUCCCAGGAGUCCGGAAAGACAACCGAAACUAGACACGACCUCGCGCUGUUACAAGCCUGGCCAGUCUGCCUGGGACGGCACGUUUGUUCAUGAGCGACCGGUAGCACCCGACAGUGGUCGAAGACCGAACAGACGUACGGUAAAAACAGUCGAUAUCCGAGAUGUUUCAGACGACAAUUCGAUCAACGAGGCGGACAUCAUAAACACCACUUACAUCGUUGAACAUUCAUCGAGUCAGCAGAGUUUCUCGGAUGUCAGGGACGCCAGCGUCACGUCCACAAUGUACGAGACAGUCGUUCGCGAGGGGCAGCCUGUUGAAACAACGAUUAGAUUUGAUGGAGAUACAUCGCGAAGUAAAGUUCCAACAACGGGACGUCGGACUAGUCCGUCUCCACGACCUACAAGCCCGGAGAAGACACCGAACGACAGAGACCUACGGAGUACCAAACCCGGAUCAUCGACAUGGGACGGAACUUUCGUGCAGGAAAAGAAGCGACCACCUAGUCGAGAAUCCAUUGAUAGCAGACUACCGGACAAGCCUCGACCGGCUGACAGCAAAAAGACGACACUCGUGGAUACGUCGAAGAAACACGUUAACGAGACCGCUAUCGAUCUCCGAGAUGUCACGCGGGAUGUAUCUAGCACGUCAGAGAUCGUGGAAAGUUCCGUCGUUGUGGAGCAAUCGAGGACGCACGAAAGUUACACGGAUUCCUCCAGUCUCGAUUUCUCGACGGCUUCCGUCGAAACUGUCAUUAUUCGCGACGGUCAGCCGGUAACUACGCAAAAAACAGUGACUAUUCAAGAAGGCCCUCGUAGCCCCGUGAAGAGCCUGCCUGGCAGUGACGUAAUAACUACUACCGACGUUAAAGAGACCACUGUUAAAAGCCUCGAGAAGAAGGAGUCUCGCGCGGACGAUAGAAGUUACCGACCUCUGAAGCCGGGCUCGUCGACGUGGGACGGAUCGUUCGUGUACGAGAAACCAGAGGAGAAGAGACCGAGCGAUAGGAAGCCACCGAAAGUUAUAUUUGGAACCGUGGACAAACCAAGUCCAAUUAAAGAAAAACCGACCGGCACUGUUGAUCACAGAACAGUUACAAUAUUGGACACGUCGAAGGACGUAACGAGCGCUGCCGAUUUUUCCACGAGCUCUGUUACAAUUGAACGAACAACCGACUCGGAGACACGCGAUUCUUCAAAUAUAUCGAAAAUUUUCAUCAAAGAAAGCGCAGGAGGUAAAGUAUGUGAAAUCGAUUAUGAGAAGCCGAGCCAGCUUUUCGACGGAAAACCUACGCCAUCGCCUCGACAACGUCCGGAAGACGUUAAGGAGCCAAAACGCGAAAAGCCGCAAAAGGGUCCGGUGGACAGAACACAUCGACCAUCGAAGCCAGGCUCUUCCACCUGGGACGGAUCGUUCGUCUAUGAGAAACCAGAAGAGAAAAGACCAGGAGAUCGAAAGAUGCCAAAAGAUACAUCUGGAACUGUAGAUAAGCCAAGUCCGAUUAAAGAGAAACCGAUUGACAUUGCUGAUCACAAAACAUCUAUUACGAUACUGAACACAUCGAAGGAUAUAUCGAGUUCUGCCGAUUACGCUACGAGCUCCGUCACGGUCGAGCAAACGUACGUCGCCGAUUCGAAGAUACGUGACUCGUCAAAUAUAUCCAAAAUUUUCAUUAAAGACAGUUCGGGGGAUAAAGUAUAUCCAAUCGAUUAUGAGAGACCGAGACAGUUCUCCGACGAAAGGCCUAAACCGUCGCCUCGACAACGUCCGGAAGAUACUGUGGAACCUAAAGACGAAAAGCCGCAAAAGAGUCCGGUGGACAGAACGCACCGACCGUCGAAGCCGGGAGCCUCCACCUGGGACGGUUCUUUCGUGUACGAAAAACCGCAGGAUUCGCGAAAGAAACCGACAGACGAUGAACCAACCAAGGUACCGAAGAAACCGGCAGACCAACGAAAACCGAUUGAAGAAGGACACAGACCGGUGGUUCAGAAAGAAAAACCAAUACAGACUCCGAUUUCGCGAAAGCCAACGGACAAGGGAACGCAGAGGGACGUAACCGAGAUCAAAUAUGUCGAAGAUGUCGCGGAUAUCACACGAGCGGAUAUCACGCGUACAUCCGAGAUGCUUCAGCAAUCCUCUUAUGUAAGCGACCAGUCUUCGAGAUUCACUUCUGUGCAAGACGUGCACGAUGUUAAGGACGAGCGUGUCAUCACUGAAUUUACGACGGACACGCGCAAGGAUGUGAGAGAUGUUACCGAGUCAACGAAGAAAUUUAUCGACAAAGAGCAGGUGACUAGCAUGGUAGCGCGGGAUGUCGUUGACGACACCCGAUUCGAUACCAUCACCAGCCCAGCAUCCCGAUCUCCAGCGGAUUCCACGAGGAAACCAUCGCCGGAGCGGCCCGGUUAUCCUCGUGGAAUACCUGGACUCAGGAAGGACGAUCGAACGAAACCGAUUCCAGCCGCUGGAAAACCCAGUAGACCUUUGCAGCGCGAAAGAAGUCCUCAGCAGCCAGCAGAACAUGGCAGACCUUCCGAAGUCCGGCCAAAGUCACCUGAAAAGUCUCGAGAUUAUACAUCACCGACUAGGAAACCGCAGCCAGCGGCUGGCAAGCCGAGCCGACCCGAAGAAAGACCUACAGCACCUAGAAAACCUGAUAAAGAAUCUGGACCCACGAAACCGACAGAGAAAAGGCCGGCUGCGGAACCUAAAUCUAGUCGAUUCCCUGAGAAGUUUGAAAAACCGAAGAGAUCGGAACAGGACAAGCCUAAACGAGGGGGUCAAAGUCCAGAUUCUCUCGAAGAGGAUGUAGUCUAUCCUAGAUCAGAGCCUGAUAUAUUGUCCAAAAUUCCUUUGAAGGAACAGUGCAUUUGCGAGCUAUGUACUUGUGGACGUCAUCGUUGCCCGCACAAUUUUCCACAAGAACACUUGGAAUUUUCUCAUGGAGAGUCGGUGCAUGCUGUGACUUCCUAUCGUCAGGAUUACGACGAGAAACGCGUGGAGAAACAAAUGAAAUAUCAUCAUGAAGAUCAAUUACGUACGGAGGGUGAAUUUAUCGGGCAGAGACGUACCGAUUAUGUGGCUACUAAGGGCGAGAGAGCGCCGGUCAGGAAACCGCAAGAUCAUCUCAAGCCAGAGGGUGAAUUUGUCAAAAGACCAAAGGAAGAGGCGCCUACAAGGGGUGAAAGGGCACCCGUGAAGAAGCCACAGGACAAUCUUAGACCGGAGGGCGAGUUUAUUGGCAAGCCUCGAGAGGAAGCUCCAAAGUAUGGCGAACGAGCGCCGAUCACGAAACCGCGGGAUAACUUGAAAUUUGAAGGAGAUUUUGACACAACAACAACGACGGAGCUGGUUUUCAUCGGCACUCCUGGCGAACGACCGGUCCCGAUACGUCGUAAUACUUAUACGAAGCUAGAAGGUGAUUUCACUGAUGAAACGACAACGCGAUCGCAAUACAUUGACCAUCGCAGCAUCCAACGCGCUGAGAUCAUUAAACGAACGGAUAAUCUCACCGUGGGAGAGGGUGAAUUCACGGGUACCUCUCAUAUCAAGGAAGAUUUUCAGACUCAUGUUAUCGAGCGUGAACCUCAGUGGCGACCAAAAUAUCCUGAAGAUACCGAUCGAUUUUAUAGUAAAACAGAUAUCACUGACAGUACUACGACCACUCAGGAACAAUUUCGAACUUUUGAUCAGGCAGAUUAUAAAAGUACUACAGUUAUUAGGAGAGCUGACAAUCUGAGGCCUGAAGGACCCUUCGAAGCAUCGCCUCACACAAAGGAUGACUAUAUUAUACCGAAACUGUUGCCAAGGCCAGAACCACAAAAGCCUAAAGACAAUUUAAAACCUGAAGGGCCAUUCGAAGGACGACCUAAAGAUGAUUAUUCACCUAAACGCGGCGAACGUUAUGAAGUGAAACGGCCAGAAGAUAACUUACGUCCUGAAGGACCAUUCGAGGGACGACCUAAAGAUGAUUAUAAGCCUAAGCGCGGUGAACGGCCUGAAGUAAAACGGCCAGAAGAUAACUUACGUCCUGAAGGACAAUUCGAAGGACGACCUAGAGAUGAUUAUCGGCCAACCAGAGGAGAAAGAGCUGACGUUAAAAGACCGCAGGAUAAUUUGAAACCAGAAGGACCGUUCCAAGGACGUCCUAAAGAUGAUUUUACUCCGAAGACAGCGGAACGUCCUGAAGUAAAGCGGCCGAAAGAUAAUCUACGACCUGAAGGUGAUUUUGCAGAUCGUCCAAAAGGUCAAUAUACCCCCGGCGAGAAACGCAGCCCAAUCAGACAUCCGGACAACUUGCAUCCUGAAGGCGAUUUUGAAAGACCUGUGCCGAUACCUUACGGCCCUGGUGACAGAGCAUCUAUAGUUCGCCAUCCAGAUAAUCUGUUUCCAAUAGGAGAAUUUCCAGAUAGAGAAGUUGAACCAUUCAGACCUGCCGAACGUAGAACGCCUAUUAAACAUGACGAUAAUCUUCGUCCAGAAGGUGAUUUCACAGGAAGGCCUAAGGACGAUUACAGACCAACCAAAGGAGAACGUGCCGAUGUUAAACGCCCUGAAGACAACUUACGGCCAGGGGGCCCGUUCCAGGGACGUCCGAAAGAUGAUUACUCGCCGAAGCGUGCCGAACGUCCUGAAGUAAAACGCCCAGAAGACAAUCUACGUCCCGAAGGUGACUUUGAAAGACCAGAGAAGGCACCUAUUGGUCCAGCGGAAAGACGCACUCCAAUUAAACAUGCGGAUAAUCUCAGACCCGAAGGUGAAUUUGUGCGACCUCGUCACGACGGUUAUCGUCCGGCAGAAAAACCAGAAGUCAAAAAGCCGGUGGAUAAUUUGAGGCCCGAAGGUGAGUUUGAGAGACCACGUCCUGGAAAAUACGCUCCGGCCGAAAAACGAACGCCGGUGAAACAUCCAGACAAUCUCAAGCCAGAAGGUGAAUUUAUUGGUAAACCUAAAGAUGAUUUCACGCCUACUAAAGGCAUUCGCGCAGAUGUUAAAAGACCAGAAGAUAACUUGCGGCCAGAAGGACCUUUCGAAGGUCGACCAAAAGAUGAUUAUCGACCGGUGCGUGGAGAACGUAUGGACGUUGUUAAACGCACGGACAAUUUGCGUAUGGAAGGAGAUAUACAAACAUAUAGAUCCAGAGACGAAUAUACCGAUUUCUUAAUACGUGAAAGAGCUGAAAUUACUAAAUAUGAGGAUAAUUUACGUAUGGAAGAUGAAUUCAUUGAUGUAAGAACACGAGAUGAUUUUAAAGUCGUUAAAGGCGAACGAAUGGAUGUCGUUAAACACCGCGACAAUUUAAGACCAGAAGGUCCGUUCGAAGGCCGCCCGAAGGACGAUUAUUCGCCUAAAAAAGCAGAGAGGCCUGAAAUUAAAAAACCGGAAGAUAAUUUGAGACCGGAAGGUGAUUUUGUACGUUGGCCUAAGGAAGAAGCGCCUAAAACGGGUGAGAGAGCUCACGUGAAAAAACCGAGAGACAACUUACGACCGGAAGGUGAUUUCGAAAGGCCAGAGAAAAAACCUAUCGGUCCAGCUGAGAGGCGUACUCCGAUUAAACACUCAGAUAAUGGUGACUUUGAAAGACCAGAGAAGAAACCAAUUGGUCCAGCAGAAAGACGAACUCCGAUAAAGCAUGCGGACAACUUGAAGCCGGAAGGUGAAUUCGCACGUAAACCUAAGGAAGAAGCUCCAAGAAGAGGAGAUAGAGCGGAUGUUAAAAGACCUACGGAUAAUCUUAAGCCUGAAGGAGAGUUUGAGAGACCUGAGAAAGCUCCGAUUCGACCGGCGGAGAAACGAGUGCCUAUCAAACAUCCUGAUAAUUUACGGCCUGAGGGUGAGUUUGAGAAACGUCCGAAAGAAAAGACACCGAUCAAAGGUGAAAGAGCGGAUGUUACCAGACCGAAAGAUAACUUGCGACCGGAAGGUGAAUUUGAGCGACCUCAGAAAUCACCGAUCGGACCAGCGGAACGACGUACGCCGAUUCGGCACGAAGAUAACUUACAUCCGGAGGGUGAAUUCGUUGGUCGACCGAAAGAUGAUUUUAUUCCCAAGCGCGCCGAUCGACCAAUUCAAAAGAAGCCUAAAGAUAAUUUGAAGCCUGAAGGAGAAUUUGUAGGAAGACCCAAGGAUGACUACAAACCGACUAAAGGAGAGAGAACUGAAAUCGUGGUGCAUCGAGACAAUUUGAAGAUGGAAGGCGAUAUAGAUGUUUAUCGUUCUCGAGAUGAUUACGUGACCACGUCUAAACGCGAGCGUGUGGAUAUCGUUCAUCACGAGGAUAAUCUGAAAAUUGAGGGCGAAUUCGUUGAUAUUCGUCGCCGAGACGAUUAUCGAGCUACUCGUGGUGAACGCAGUGACAUUAUCAGGCGUGAAGACAAUCUUUAUCCCGAGGGUGAUUUUGAACGGCCAGAGAAAGCACCGGUAGGUCCUGCGGAGAGAAGAUCUCCCAUUAAACAUCCUGAUAAUUUGAAGCCAGAAGGCGACUUCGUACAACGACCGAAGGAAACCGCGCCUAUUAAGGGUGACCGAGCAGUCGUCAAGAAACCGAAAGAUAACUUGAAGCCCGAAGGUGAAUUCGAGAGACCAGCGAAAUCACCUAUUGGUCCCGGCGAACGACGAUCGCCUAUCAAGCACCCCGAUAAUCUUCAUCCGGAGGGAGAAUUCAUAGGUAGACCGAAGAAAGACACGCCACUGAAGGGCGACCGAGCGGAUGUGAAGAAACCGAAGGAUAAUCUUCAUCCCGAAGGAGAAUUUGCGAAACGUUCUCCGAAGAAAGUGGGACCGGCCGAGCGAAGAACUCCGAUCAAGCACGAGGAUAACCUACAUCCCGAAGGAGAUUUUUACAUGGUGCCUAAGGAUGACUUUACUCCGAAGAGAGGAGAUCGAUCGCCGGUUAAGAAACCUCAGGACAACCUUCGUCCCGAAGGUAAAAUGGAAGUGUCUCCAAAGGACGAUUAUAAAUAUGUAAAUGGAGAACGCGUAGAUGUACGUCGGCACGAGGAUCACCUACGCAUGGAGGGACAAAUGGACAUUCACCGUUCGAGAGAUGACUAUAAGAAAAUCACGAGAGUGGAGAAAGUGGAUGUUAAGAGACACGAAGAUAAUCUCAGAAUGGAAGGCGAAUUUAUAGACGUGCGUCGUAAAGAUGAUUACGUCCACGUGGUUGGUGAACGCGUACCGAUUAAAAGGCAUCCGGAUAAUCUACGUCCAGAAGGAGAUUUCGACAGACCUCAGAAGACUGUGAUCGGUCUCGCGGAGAAAAGAUCGCCGAUCAAGCACCCGGAUAAUCUGAAGCCAGAAGGAGAUUUCCAACGUAGAACUCCAGAGAAGAUUGGUCCCGGUGAACGACGGUCACCGAUUCGUCACGCCGAUAACUUGAAACCGGAAGGUGACUUUAUCGGGCGUCCACGCGAUGACUUUACUCCCAAGAGAGCAGAAAGAGCUGAAGUCGUGAAAAGAGAAGACAAUCUUAAGAUGACGGGCGGUUUCGAGGGCACAACAUCUCACAAAUCGACCUAUACAGUGGUUCGUGGCGAGCGAGCGGACAUUAAGUCGCACGAAGAUAAUUUAAAAAUCAGUACUGGCACUAUGGAAACAAAAACGACUAGCAGAGAUACUUAUACACCUUCUAAAUAUGAGCCUUCUCCCGCUGGCAAACCGGUAAAUCGUCGAAGGCAUAUGGAAUCGUCUAUCUCGCUCGGUGAUGAUACCACUAUGAUGACCACGACGAAUCAACGUAACUACAAUACUUACACGAGGCGUACAGGAAAGGAUGUCGCUGCUAAGAUGAGCCAAAUGGAAUCCGACACUAGAAAAACCAUGGAAUCGCAAACUUUGGCAGAUGGAGCUGUUGUUACGACCGUAAGACGUACAACAGCUUCCGCUCAGUCCGAUCAGAGAGCCGCUCAAUCUGUCGCUCAUCAUCAACAAACACAAUAUGUUACGGACCGUCGUGCCGCCCAACCGAAUGAUGUUUCGCCAUCUGGACUACAACCUGUGGAUUCACGAAGAACCACCUCUCAAUUAGUCUCUAAUCAGCAUCAUGAACAGAGAACUCAUUUGAACGAACAACAUUUCCGCUCGCAAAAUAUGCAGAGUCGUCGAACAAUUGAGGAUAGAUCGUUCACAGAAGGACUCAAUCGAGGGCAAAUCGUGCGAGGAGAAGAUACAUCUCGUUACGCGAUUGACGCCACACACGGCGAUCUCCAUAGACAGCAGCAGCAACAGCAACAGCAGCACUACGCUCAUCAUCAGGAAAUGACCAAGCGCGAUUACGUGAACGCGCAACAUAUGGAAAGUCGACAGAGAUCUGCGACAAAGCAGCAUGAGCAGCACACACUCUCCAGUCAGGCGCGAUAUAAUUCGAACAGUCCGGAAUUCCGGCAGUCAAUCAACGGACAAAACGUGGAACGAUCACAGGUGGACUCAGCCACGAAAUUCGGUCAUCACCGCAAGAACGUGAUAUCUUCUUCAUCGGCGGAUGUCAACAACGCGGUACUUCAUCGCCGCGGCGCCGCUUCUUCCACCGAGGCACUUCACACGAUCUCGUCGACGGCGGCGGACCAGCGCAAAAGCAUUUCAAACCUGGCUGAGAGCGGACAAUACAUUAGUAAUUCGACCCAGAGCAAUGACAGACGCAGCUUCACUUCGCUGCAUCGAACUUCUAAAGAAGUGAAUCCUUGGGCCUCUUCCAGCUACGAACGCCCGCAACGAAUCGUUCGGCAGGAUAAUCUCACCGUCGGCGGCAAGUUCUACUCACAGAGCGAGGCGAAGAACUAUGGCAAUUUCUCGCAGAGUACUCAGAAAGUAGAAAGGGUUCAGAGGCAAUCGAACGCAUCUCACAUUAAUUUGGGCGAUGGUAGUACUGUCAGUUCUAGCAUGUAUAAAAGAGAAUACGUUCCUAGGCACGGGGGACCGUGUCCAGCUGCUCUUCUGGAAGCCAAACAGGCGCCUUUCAAACACACCAGAGAUACGCAGAAGCACAAGUUUUACAUGCCUGUCGUGUCCAACUAAGCUGGCCUAUCAAAUAUGAUGUUUUAUUCACUCUUUUCAGCAGUUAUGCUGAAUGAUAUUGUAGCGUUGAAAUCCAAAUUUCGCACUGCAAAGUUAAUUACAACUA